UCACACACCGUUCCAAAAGAAAAACACACUAUAUUCACAAAUAGUAGAAUUCUCUAGUCCUUACUACACUACAAAAAAGCUGUAGAUCAAUGGCUGUUGAAAUCUGUGUCAAGGCUGCUGUGGGUGCCCCUAAUGUCCUCGGAGACUGUCCAUUUAGCCAAAGGGCACUUCUGACAUUGGAGGAAAAGAAAGUGCCUUACAAGAUGCACUUGAUCAAUGUUAGUGACAAGCCCAAAUGGUUCUUGGAAGUGAACCCAGAAGGGAAAGUCCCAGUGAUCAAGUUUGAUGAAAAAUGGAUCCCUGAUUCUGAUGUUAUUGUUGCGCUCCUUGAAGAGAAAUACCCAAAUCCCUCUCUCUCUACUCCAUCCGAAUUUGCUUCUGUGGGCUCGAAAAUAUUUCCUACCUUUGUCUCAUUUCUGAAGAGCAAGGAUGCUAGUGAUGGUACUGAGCAGGCUCUGCUCGACGAAUUAAAGGCUUUGGAAGAGCAUCUCAAGGCUCAUGGACCAUAUGUCAAUGGGGCGAAUAUUUGUUCAGUCGAUCUAAGUUUGGCUCCAAAACUGUACCAUCUCGAGGUGGCUCUUGGACACUUCAAGAAGUGGAGUGUGCCUGAAAGCUUGAGUCAUGUGCGUAAUUACAUGAAGUUGCUCUUCGAGCGAGAGUCUUUCCAGAAAACCAAGGCUGCAAAAGAGUACAUCAUUGCAGGAUGGGCUCCAAAGGUCAAUCCAUGAACCGACUCAAAAUUAUGAUCCCGUUUUUUCGCGGGUAGGUAGCAGUUGAGGAUGCAGCAUAAUGAAAUAUGAAUGUAUCUCGUAAGAUCUAAAAGUUGUUACUGUUGGAUCAUGCUUGUACUGCUCUUUAUGUUCUAAUAAAUAAGUCAUGUUCUAAAACUCGUUUUAGCUAAUGAAAUAUGCUGGUUAGAGUUUUGCUAUACAGAAUUGCUA